UUACAGGUUAUUGGCAAAGGGCAGUGUCCAUCAGUAGGAAGUUGUGCCGGAAUACAAAGCUCAGCCUGCCACACCCCUUCCUUGGAAAAAUCAACAUCUGAGAGCGGUAUUCGCUAGUACUGGUGUUUGUAUUUUACUUCUAUCCAGCUGUAGUACAAGAGGAGUGAGAGCAAAGCUGUUCGGAUCAGGCAUUCAUCUGUUCUGGUUCGUUGUGGUUUGUUAGUGAACACUUCCUAGAAGAUGUGGAGUGGUCUGUUACCCCCUGGUGUGAAUGAAAGUGAUGUUGAUACAAGUUCUGAUGAUGAAGAAAUAUUGGAUGGUCCUGGAUCAAUCUUAAAGGAGGAAAGAAAACAAAAGAACUUUAAGGGCACCCAGACUUCUGACUCAGAAAUACAGGGACUCAAAAGUGUCACUGAAACCAAAUCUGUUUCUGCAGCAGAUGAAGUGCAGAAAUCCCAAGCAUGUCCUUCUGGAGUUUCUUUAGAAGUGUGGAAUAAAUUUCAGAGUCUACAACAGAAAAACAUUGAAAUGAAAAUCCAAGUUAAAAAUCAGAAAGAUAGACAACGAAAGAGAAAGCAUUCCAGAAAAGCUAAAUUGAAGAAAAAUGUCCAAGUAACUGAAAGCCAACCAUCCAUGAUGGAAAGUCAAUUGAAAGAGUUGACUCAGUAUUUUGGAAUCAAUGAUAGAUUUAAACCACUUGCAAGUAAAGAAGCCCCUCCAAAGUCUGGCCUUGAAAUCAGCAUAGACAGAUCAUUGGCAGAAGGAGAUAUUGCACAAGCUGAGAAACUAAGUGAUAGAUUAGCUACUCGAGAACUUGGCGUGAAAAUUACCAAAGCUGUUGCUUGCCGAAACUUUGUGAAAGCAAAGCAAGAUGCGGAGGCUUCUCAAGAAGCUCGAAAGAAAAAGAAGCUUGCGUGGGGAUUUGAAGCCAAGAAAAGAUGGGAAACAAAAAGCAACAUGGGAUAUAUGUAGUUAGUGUGCCUUGCAAGGGAGAAAACAUUUUAAAGUAGAGGGAAAAGCUUUGUUAAUACUGAAGAUACAUAAAUUAUAUUUUCCUUGUUUCUUAUUUGCAUUAUUUGUGCAGCUGGAGAAAUCACUGUGGAGUAAUUUAGGCUUCCAUUCCAUACUUUGUUAAGUAUUGCUAAAUAUAGCCCAGAUAUCCUACCUUCAGCCCCUGAUAUGUUUCCAAUUUAUUCCCUUUCACAGAUUCUCAGGAUUUAGGCUCUCUUGUUUGAUAUGGCACUAUUAAAAAUAUAAUCUUGAAAAAGUGAGAAUUUAUUCAAUUAUUCAUUGGUAUGAGAAGCUAUCUUUACUAAAUUCAAAAUACCAUGUUUGGAACCCCUUGGUCUUUAAUAAUGAGACCAAUAGCAAUGAGAUUCCUUCAAUGAAACUUCAAGAAAGUGUGCAGUCUCACAGGUUGCAUCUUCCGCUUUCAUAAGCUCCUAAACUCGAGCAGGUAUGGUCAUACUGUGCAGGGUGGGAGGAGGAAUGGAGACCUUUUCUGUUAAACGGGCUUUUUAUGCUCCCCUUCCUACAUGGACUCUGAAAAGGGACUCCUCCUAAAUAGACUCAUCUCAUGAAGAUGAUUCAGAAGUUGUGGGAGAGGGGCUGGCACAGCCUCAAGAUAGCUAGUGUAAUGGCUUUGUCUCUUCCCCACCCUGCCCACUGAAAUACACCCUUCUCACCUCUCCAAAAUGACUUUCCCAGCCUCUGAGGACAACCAGCAUGGUUCUUUCUGCAGCAGCUGUGAGAGCAAAGGGCAUCAAAUUUCCCAUACCCCUCUCUGAAUUCAGAUGCUACCUGAAUUUGGAGCUAGGAAUCCAAACUAUUCAUUGGCCCCCUCAGACAAUGUUUAGGAGCUACAGGAUUGCUCCUUAAAUUAGCACUGUUUCCCCCUUCAAGCUUCAGCAAAUGUCUGUCACCUGUGUGCGAUGGAAACUGAUAAAUUUCCCAUACUGUUAAGCAAGAUGGAAUAUUUCAUGCACAAGGAAUGAUAUUAAAGUAAUGGUGAUUUAUUGUAUUUGAGUAGUGUGCACUAAAACAUUGUGCCAGGAAAUAGUAAUUUCAAGGUUUAUGACAGGUCUUGAGUUUUGCAUCCUAAUAUGGAAUAGUUCGUUCUUGUUUGGUAGCCCUGAGGAUGUUUGAUCUCCCUCCCCAAUAUGGAACACUAUAUUUCACAUAGAUGAUAAUUUGCAGUACAGUAAUCUAGAUUCAACUAUAAUUAGUUAUAUUGACAGUCAAACAGACAGCAGAGUCUGUAAAUCACUGGGCAAACAGGUUUCUACCAUGCAGCCCCAUAAAUCUAUGAAGUCUUUAUUCUGUAUCCCGAGACUAUUUGAAGAGAGGCUUUUGUAUAGUAAGGAGGGAUUCAGGUAUUUCUUAACCUCAUAGUAUUGUUACAAAUAAGCUCAUUAUAUUAGGUUAAAUAGUGCAUUAGCCAAUUAACAUUGGCAUAUUGUGGGACAUUGAUACUUGAACACAUUGUAUGAAGGAUUUCAUGUCCCAUCUCUGUUUGUUCCAUAUUUAACAUAUUGGAAUUUCAAUUAAACCCAAUUUUAUUUGCCUCCAUUUGGAAAAACAACCAGACUAUAUGGGUUCCUUUAUUGCUGGCAAACAGCUCGCUGUUUCAGUAUUCCAAGCUGAUGCUGUGCACACUUGUAUGUAAAGAAAGAUGUUUAGAUGCUUGGAAGUAUGUAUAAUAACUUAUGGAUGUUGUAGCCAGGUUGCCGCCAUGUCAAGUAGUCCUUGACUGUUCAACAUAAUUGUGAACAAUUAUGUUGCUAGUGUUGCUUCUACCAUACUUCCCCAACAAGGAUGGAGUUGCUCUGUCAGUUCUGAGCUUAGAUGCACCAGCAAGUUUCCCAAUUCUGUGCAGUCAACUAAAAUCUUGUUGCACUGAAUUUGGAAGGUAACCAUACAUGUUGAUGUUACGUGUCUGUGUGGUGGGGUCACCAUUAGACAUGACAGGUGAGUUCAUCCAGGGGAAUAGUUCACUAUAGUUAACUGCUAGCCAAAUGGAAUGCAUCACUGCAUUGUAGUACAGUAUUCUGAUAUGUUGCAUUGUCAAGGUUUAAGAAUAGGUACUUCAUGGACACUGGCAUACCAAGCUGCUCUCUGGUUAACAUUGCCUCCCAUUCAAAGUUAUCUCCCAAAGUUCAGUAUUUCUUUGAUAUGAGCUAAGUUGAAAUAGUGCGAAAACUUACUGGUGGCAGCAAGCACUGCUGUUGACCACUUAAAAAUUAUUUUAAAAAUACAUACAUACAUAUAUUUUGUUUGUGUGAUAUGUUUUAACCAGAAGUACUCCAGAGUGAGGGCAGGAAGCAUCUGAUUUGUCUUUCUUCUGUCACUCUCCUGGCCUCAUUCUACAAUACUAUUUCUGAAAUGGUCAACAUUUAUUAUGAGAACGCAAUAGGACACCAAGGCUAAAUUGGUAGCAGUGGAAGAAGGGGAGAAUUGCCACUGGCAACAGGAAAACAAACUACACCAGCAAAAAAAGUGAGAAGUUGAACAGUUUCAUGAAAACACUCCCCAAUGUCAACCUUCAAGCUGAAAAAUCCUAAAAAGAGCACACAUCAGCACAACUGACAUAAACUUCAUGAGGAAGGUAACAUUCUUCUCUAAGGAAUGGAAAAAUAGAUGAGAUCUGUAGAUUCAGAUCAUAAAAUAGCCAAAUGAAGUCAGUUGAUCAGAUGAGGAGGGUGCUUUCUCUGAAAGUAACCUGGGCAUAGUCAAAGUUACAAGGAAGCAUCUCAUGAGUUCUUAGAUGACGGAGCUACUUUAAUUGACAUGCCAUUACUGCUGUGUUCCUAAGAUGUUGCAAAUUGUAUACUAAAAAAGCCUUAGGGAUUUUGUGAAUCAGGCAAUUAUAGAUUUCAGGAAUUAGCCAAUUUGGGGCAUGACUUUAUAAAUGAAAUACCUUGCUUAUUUCACAAAAGUAGAAACUACACAAAUGAAGGUUGAAUUUUUUGCUGAUAGACUCAUCUGGGUGUAUGGGCCAUAUAUAGAGUUGCUUUGGUGCUGUUUUGUGUUCUCUUAGUAAAUGUGAUCAUUCCAGAAAUACUACUACCUACUGGUGGAGGUUUUAGUUUCUACAGGGAUGUAAUAACUGAUUCUGCAGAAUCAGUGGUCUGUAUAGAAAGGCAAAACUUGGAAUGCUUUUAAAAGACACUGUUUUGUAUUGAUAUACAUUGUACAUAUAAUCAUUUAAGUUUUUAAACAUAAUUAUUUGAAACAUCCAGGCAUAAGUAAUGGGAUAUUCAGCACAUUUACUUUGGUUCAUUUCUGUAUAAAAUACAAGCAUUACAGAUGUUUAUUCUUGGGACUUUCAUUUAGAAUGUCUAAUAACAUUUUAAAACAUGUAAAAGAUAACUUACACAAUGGAAAUAUUCUAGUAUAGACAUUAUUGUAUGAUUUCAGUUCAGGGCUAUAGAGAAUACUUUUUAUUACUAUCAUUAGCUAUGCCAAAACAACAGUUAAAUUUGGAAACAAAAGAUUUCUCUGCUAGGUGGCUAGCCUUUACUGGUAUGACAACCCAGCUUGCUUUUAAACAUGAAAGUUCCAUUGAGUGAUGUACCUGCCAUUUUUAAGCCUAAGAGUGACCAGUAGCAAGAUCUGUGGGAAGACCUGACGAGCUUCUUGAGUUGAACCCAUCCUUCAGUUGUAGCCAAAUGCAUACAAUAAGAACUGAAGGAGGAAGUGCUCUUGCUUUGGGCACAUGGUUCCUUCCUAUUGAGGGGCAGGAGGAUGCCUAACUAUGUGAACGCCUUGCAGUGUUCUCUUCCAUUUUAAACACAAAGUGCUCAUUGUUCACAAGUGUUCAACAGGCCUUCCUGCACACUUGGUUCCCUGCCCUAAACACAACUUCCAUUCUGUGUGACAAGCCUGAUUCAGCUUUCUGACCUGUUUGUAAGACUGAAUUAUUGGGAGCAAGUUGAAGAUGAAAGUACUCUGUAUUUACACUUAAGCUCAUGUGCACCAUAAUAUAGCAUAGCUAUUACUGGAGGAUAAUUGUUAAUAGGCCUGCUACCAAGAUAGACAUUUAUUUCUCUUUCAGAACUAAAAAAACACAGGAAAUCUGUGGCUAAAGGCAAGCACGGGUUUUAAGGCAAUCAUUUCCAUUUCUAGAAAGAGGUGAGGAAAGAUAACCUGUGCUGCUCUGGAAGUUACUCAGUUAUCAUAUGACACUCCAAUUUGGAACAGAGCUUUGUUGGGAAUUGAAACAGUUCAAAAUAUAUUGUUUAGAUCAUGCCUGAUCUAUUUCAGUUGGAAACUGAUAUAUGUUCUAUACUAAACUGUCUGGGGUUUAUUAUGUUAAAUUAUUGGCUGAUAUUACAGUUCUUGAACAAUUCUAGACUCCAUCAUAUUUAAAGUACUUGCCCUAUCAUGACCUUUUGAAUAAUGAUUCUUGGUUGGCUCAGUUUCACAAAACAAUAUGGACGUGAAUUCAUUGAUUUUCAGAGGAUUCCUUUUGGAGUAAGGCUAUUCAAGGGUAAAGGCCACUGUAAAAACUAGACAUACUGAAUUUUAAGAUGAUCUAACAUUGUCAGGCUCCUGGGACUCUAUCCACUUAUUUUUCUCUUGAAGCUGCCUGUAAAGCAAACAGAUUAUCUAUUGGAGGUUUAUUCCCUUAACUUAGAGCAAGUAUUUAUAUCAUUCUGCUUUCAAUUGAUGCAUUCUAUUAGGGAUACUAUAGUAAUGUCUUACAGUCUAAAAAGAUUUGUCCAUCUUUUUAGAGAUGAUAAAACUUAACUGAUAUAACUGAUAACAUACUUGUAAAGAUACUAGUUGAUAUUCAAAACUAAGGAUAGUUAGGAUCUAAAUUUGUUAAACUUUAACAGUGAUGAAAUGGUUUUAUUGCAACAAGCCACAUUAUUAGUUUUAUUAUUUUUCAAUACAUGUCCUUGAUUAUGUGCAUUUUCAUCUGUCUGAAUGUGUAAUAUUCAAUACAAUAAAAUUGGCAUGACUCAACUUGA